UCUCGGCCCCCGGGCUGGCGGGCGGAGGCGGGAUGCGGUGCUGGCCGCGCCCGGGGCACUGGCACUGAGCGGCUGGCGCUGGGCUGCAGCCGGCCGGUCCCGGGGCCGGCAGGAUGGGCUGCGGGGGGAGCCGAGCCGAUGCCAUCGAGCCGCGCUACUACGAGAGCUGGACCCGCGAGACCGAGUCCACCUGGCUGACGAACACCGACACCGAGCCUCCGCCGCCGGCCUGCGGCCACGAGAGCGCCCGCGCCGAGGCCGGACUGCGGGAGCAGGGCGCGCCGCACCCGGGUAUGCUGGAAGAUGAACAGUCAACUCAGACCUGUGUUACCAUGUCCUCGACUGCAAGUGGAAUAAUUAACACUGAGAAGAAAACUAGCUGUGGUACUCAAUGCACAAAACCUGCAGUCCAUCCCUCUGGAACUAUGACACAGAAACACAAUAACUUCAGAACAGCAGAGGCUAAAUGGGACACCAAGAAAAUGCCCACAAAAGAAGUCACCAUUAAUGUUACAAAAAGCAUCAGACAAAUUGACAGCGACAGAAGAAUCAGAAAGAAUUGUGUCAAUUAAAGGAGUAAAGCAAAAGCGAAGAUGGACCUGACAAUACUUUGCUGCACUUUAACUGUGACUGAUCACUUAAGAUUUGAAGAUCUCAAGGUGUUCUGUGUUGAAUGCAAUGGGCAGCGGCUGCUGAGUGCCUUGAGAAACGUUGUCUUAACUAGCAGUAAAUAGCUGCAAACACUGUUGGAUGUUCAGACGUGUAUUUAUCUAUUGCAAUGGCACUGUACAAAAAUAUAACAAAAUAUGUACCAUUGUUUUCUCCAAGUCAUAUGCUAUCUAAUUGUAGAUUUUCUAUGCUGCAUUGCUGUUAGGAUGAGAUUGGACAAUUAGAGCUGCAGUUCAUCUCACUUUAAAACAGAGAAAGAAUAACUAAUCUGUGUUAUUAGUAAGUAGCCUGAAAUGUGUUACUUUCUGUUUUACAAAGUUAAAGAUCUGACUUUAUAAAAACUCAAACCCAGAUAUCUCAGAAGUAAAGAAACACAAAUGGCUUCCAAUUUUUGACUAUAUACGUGAUCCAUGAGUCAUAUUGUCUUCUGGUUAAAUUACCUUGUUUUAAGUUAGUUUCUAUAGCAGAAGAGUUUAGGUCUUGAAAGCAAUAAUACUCAUGUUGUUAUCAGUCUAAUGAAUCUGAAGUACCCAGUUUAAGCUCAUAGGUAGUGUUCAGUUUACAUUCUGUCUUGGCUCUUACUCAAUUCUCCCUUCAGAAACUCCAAACUGAGAACUGUUUUACAAGAUUUUGUAAGACACCCUUCACUUUCCAACUUUAUAUAUAAAUAAUCAGACUUUCCCAAAUAAUUUCUUAAUGCUGACAACUGCAAGAAGAUGAUCUUUAUUUGAUAAUUAAAUUUAAUUUAAUUUGGCUAUAUAUUCUUGUUCUUCCAAUAUAUAGAAAUGGGCAGAACAUACAUUUUAAUUGCAUUAUAUUGUGUCACUGUUCUGUAUAUUUAUCAUAAGUAUAUUCCCAAGAAAUCAAUGUAAACUUUUGUACAGACCACUAAUUAAUACAGGACCCUGUUAACAACAAAUCAUGAGUUUGAUAUAAACCCACUGUGGUUUUGAAUUUGGACUUUCAUGGAGAUAAGAGCAGUAAAAUCAUUUGACUUACCCAUUAUACACCUAUGAGCAUUCUUAAGGUGUCAUUUACAGUAACUAUUCAGCUACCAUUAACGCUCAUGACUUAUAAUAGGUGGAAGUGGGCAGAAACUGAUCUAUGUCUGAGUUGCAUGAGGUGCUUCUUUUUUAUAGACACAACCAUAAAUAGAUUCCUGGAACGGCACCCUAAUGUAUUCCACAUGAGAAUUCUUUUAAGAAAUCAACAUCAGGUUUAUGAGUAUUUAUUACUUUACUUGGAAUACAGCAAAUAUAUGCAGCAAAGAAUUGUUUAAAUAAGUAAUUGUUUUUAUAAUUCUUACACAAAGACAAAGUAAAGUCCAGUCUUUGCCAGAAAUAUUUUGCAUGCAGUAGAGUUUGUAAAGUUUUAAAACCAUUUAUAAUACAUAGAUUUUCAAAGGCGGGGGCCAAAGAUCCCAUUCUUAGCAAUUCUAAUUUUUUUACCUGAGCUGUGCAUUUAUGUACAGUAACGAAGCAGCAUUGAAAGUUGAGUGGAGUAGGUGAAAACAGCUGCUACCCACAUUUAUUUCACCUACUUAAUGGAACCUGCCAACUUGCUGCACCUCUUAGACUCGCUCCGUAAAAUAAGCAGUGGCUGUUCAAUAUUCUUCCUUAGCAAUGGGUGGCCAUUGUCGUCUUUGGCAGUAUACAAAUCUAACGGAAAGUACAAAUUAAUGAUUCUGUGUUAUUUAUGUAGAGCAUAAAGUAUAGAUGGUAUUGUCCAUGGACAGCUGUGCCAAACCAAUAACAUUCUUGACCCACAGGGCUUACAGUCAGAGACGGUACAGUACAAUCCAGCAAAGAAGCAGUGGGUGGCCCAUGUAGCCAGGAUGCAUCAGGGAACAAAUAGAUUUUAGAGUGUCUUUUGAAGAAGAGAGAGGUUGCUUUACAUACGUUUGUUGGGAGGCUGUUCCACCUUUAGGGCGGUAUGGAAGAAGGUAAGGAGUGGGGCAUGAGCAAAGGAGACAACGUGGGCAGAAGGAGUUCAGGUAGCGAGAUAAUUUGUAAACUAAUAAUUUCAAUGGAAACAUUGCUUUUGUUAUUUUGAUUUUUUUUUUUAGUUUUUAUAGUUUGUGUUAACCAAACUCAGAAACUGAAGAUCUACUGUCCAAUAAUGUAAACUGAGUUCAGAGGAACUUUUUGUAUUAAAUAACUGGAGAUACUCAUAGUACUACAAUUUAAAUGUGUAACUUACUAAUGAUUAAACCCAGUGUAACAGGAAAUCAAGACAUGGAAAAGAAAGGCUGCAAUCUAGGUGUUGUGUGAAGAUCCUACCACAAGCAUUACCUGACUUUUGUGACCUUGUAUACAUAUUGGGAAAGUGCUAUGUGUAAACUGUUCCACACAUCUUUUUCUCUAGAGAUGGGCCCAAACUAAAACAUUUGAUCCAAACACCCAUGAAUUUUAUGGCUUUUGAAAUCCAGAUUCAAAGUCUGUGUCUUGUGCCAAUCACUAAGUUAUGACUGUUUGAUAAAGGCCUAUGGAAAAAAACCUAUUUCUCUAAAGGCUGGAUACCCUUUGGAUCAUACACUCUUAUGGUUAUUACUUAGAAAGACAACUACUAUAAACGCUCAAAUGGGGGUCUCAGAAAUCUUAAUUCAGUCCAUGUGUGACUUUCAAAUGGUAUGAGGUAGUAGAUUACAGCCCCUAACAGUCCAUUCACUUUCUGACAAUGUGAGUUGAGCUGAACUGUGUGAGAUACUUUGUUUUUAACUGCUUUAUUUUACACCACCUACAUAGUAUGAUAGGAUUUUUGUUGAUGGGAGAAGAGAAAGCAGUCUACUAGAUACAUUGUUCCUGGUAGGGAAGUUUAAAGUAUCAGAUGGAGGAGUUUUGCCUCUGUUCUGAAUGCCCAGGAUUGGAUCCAUCUGCCUAUAUUCUGUCAUGCAAAAGCAGGUUGCAUAUUUUCUAUAGAUGAAAGAGAGAAAGUCAAACCAUUUUACCAAUGGUUCAUUCAGCAGAUUAUUCAGCCUGUCAAGAAACUGUGAAAGAAAAUAAUUUAUAUCUAGUCUAUUAGUCCAGGAGGAGUUUAUUUUUGUUUUUGGCAUGUAUGUAGAAAGCUUUGAUAAAUGUAAACCUUCUGCCAGGGUACCAGCACUGGGCUGUGCUAUUAUUAAUAUACUUCUAGGUUCUGGUAAGCUCAUGAAAACAUUACACAUUAGAUAUAAAAUUAUUCAGGGUGGGAAGUGCUAGGUUCUGGCCAAAGCUCAUUGAAAAUUGUACUAGCACAAGAACAUAAGAAUGAUCCUACUAGGCCAGACCAAAGGUCCAUCUAGCCCAGUGUCCUGUCUUCCGACAGUGGCCAGAGCAAGGUGCCCCAAGGGGAAUAAACAGAACAGUUAAUCAAGUGAUCCAUCCCCUGUCGCUCAUUCCCAGCUUCUGGCAAACAGAGGCUAAGGACACCAUUCCUGCCCAUCUUGGCUAAUAGCCAUUGGUGGACCUAUCCUCCAUGAAUUUAUCUAGUUCUUUUCUGAACCCUGUUAUGGUCUUGGCCUUCACAACAUCCUCUGGCAAGGAGUUCCACAGGUUGACUGUGCAUUGUGUAAGAAAUACUUCCUUUUAUUUGUUUUAAACCUGUUGCCUAUUAAUUUCAUUUGGUGACCCCUAGUUCUUGUGUUAUGAGAAGUAGUAAGCAACACUUCCUUAUCUACUUUCUUUAUACCAGUCAUGAUUUUAUAGACCUCAAUCAUAUCUCCCCUUCGCCAUCUCUUUUCUAAGCGGAAAAGUCCCAGUCUUAUUAAUCUCUCCUCAUACAGAAGCCUUUCCACACCCCUAAUCACUUUUGUUGCCCUUUUCUGAACCUUUUCCAAUUCCAAUAUAUCUUUUUUGAGAUGUGGCGACCACACGUGCACUCUAUUCAAGAGGUGGGCAUACCAUGGAUUUAUAUAGAGGCAACAUGAUAUUUUUUGUCCUAUUAUCUAUCCCUUUCUUAAUUAUUCCCAGCAUUCUGUUGGCUUUUUUGACUGCUUCUGCACAUUGACUAGAUGUUUUCAGAGAACUAUCCACAAUGACUCCAAAAUCUCUUUCCUGAGUAGUAACAGCUUAUUUAGACCCAAUCUAUAUGUAUAGUUCGGAUUAUGCUUUCCAAUGUGCAUUACUUUGCAUUUAUCAACAAUAAAUUUCAUCUGCCAUUUUUGUUUCAUUU